ACGACGCUAACGCCUGAGGAUGGCGGCGGCGGCGGCCGUGGCCACGGCCCCGAGAGGGUCAGCGCAGCCGCCAAGACGCCGAAGAGCCCGCCGCCCCCGCGAGGUGUAGACGGGGCUCUGCCUGCAGAGCGGGUCCUGCCAGCCUCGCGGGAGAGGAUGCCCCCGUGUCCGUGAUGGGCUGUGGGACAAGCAAGGUCCUUCCUGAGCCGCCCAAGGAUGUCCAGCUGGAUCUGGUCAAGAAGGUGGAGCCCUUCAGUGGUACUAAGAGCGAUGUGUAUAAGCACUUCAUCACGGAGGUGGACAGUGUUGGCCCUCUCAAAGCGGGGCUCCCAACAGCCAGUCAGUGUGCAAACCCCUGUCCCAGUGCUCCCACUACUGGCCACACAGAGCCUCCCUCAGAACCACCACGCAGGGCCAGGGUGGCUAAGUACAGGGCCAAGUUCGACCCACGUGUGACAGCCAAGUAUGAUAUCAAAGCCCUAAUUGGCCGAGGCAGCUUCAGCCGAGUGGUGCGUGUGGAGCACCGAGCAACCCGACAGCCAUAUGCCAUCAAGAUGAUCGAGACCAAGUACCGGGAGGGGCGGGAGGUAUGUGAGUCGGAGCUGCGUGUGCUGCGCCGAGUGCGCCACGCCAACAUCAUCCAGCUGGUGGAGGUGUUUGAGACUCAGGAGCGUGUAUACAUGGUGAUGGAGCUGGCCACUGGUGGAGAGCUCUUUGACCGCAUCAUUGCCAAGGGUUCUUUCACUGAGCGUGACGCCACACGGGUGCUGCAGAUGGUGCUGGAUGGCGUCCGGUAUCUGCAUGCGCUGGGCAUCACACACCGAGACCUCAAGCCUGAGAAUCUGCUCUACUACCACCCAGGCACUGACUCCAAGAUCAUCAUCACCGACUUCGGCCUGGCCAGUGCUCGCAAGAAGGGUGACGACUGCCUGAUGAAAACCACCUGUGGCACACCUGAGUACAUUGCCCCUGAAGUCUUGGUUCGAAAGCCCUAUACCAACUCAGUGGACAUGUGGGCACUGGGUGUCAUUGCUUACAUCCUGCUCAGUGGCACCAUGCCCUUUGAAGAUGACAACCGCACCCGACUGUACCGGCAGAUCCUCAGGGGCAAGUACAGCUACUCGGGGGAGCCCUGGCCCAGCGUAUCCAACCUGGCCAAGGACUUCAUUGACCGCCUGCUGACAGUGGAUCCUAGCGCCCGAAUGACUGCAAUGCAGGCCCUGAGGCACCCGUGGGUGGUGAGCAUGGCAGCCUCUUCGUCCAUGAAGAAUCUGCACCGCUCCAUCUCCCAGAACCUCCUCAAACGCGCCUCCUCACGCUGCCAGAGCACCAAAUCUGCCCAGUCUACACGUUCCAGCCGCUCGACGCGCUCCAACAAGUCACGCCGUGUACGGGAGCGGGAGCUGAGGGAGCUCAACCUGCGCUACCAGCAGCAAUACAACGGCUGAGCUGCCUGGCAGUGGUAGAGAUAUGGCAUGGUCCCAGCCUGGUCACACACUGCUACGCCAUCUGGGCCCAAUGCCCUCUCUGGAGAUAGGCUUAUGUGGCCAGUGGUAGGUGAAUGGCCCCAGCCACUUUUCUGUGCCUUAAGUAGUCCCCAUCCUCACACUGGGCCUGGUGUGACAGAAUGGAGGGAGCCCAGGGGACUGGGAGCCCUCUGAACUAGGAGCCUGGCCUGACACUGUUGUUCCUUUAGGUGGGUAAUUGCUCUAGUACAAGUUGGGGGAAGAGGAAGGCCUGGCCUUCAGUCUCCUUCACCCCUUGUCCUUGGCUCUUCCCCAGACCAAAGAGGCAGGCAGUGCCAGGUAGAGGGUGUCCUGUUGUUCCAGGACUCUUUGGGACAGUUACUUCUGGGAACCCCCUUACCUCUACCAAGCCUUCCUGCCUGGCCUCCCACAUUCCACGGCAUCCUGAUCCCGAUGAUUAUGCUCCAGUGAGAGGCCCAGGCAGGCACAAAACUUGUGUCUUGAUGGGACUCUCAUCCCCUGGCUAAGUCUAAACAGCCCCCACCUCAGCCAAGAUCUGUCUUCCUUCAUGGAGCUCGGCCCUUCUGGAUUGUGUGGCCCUGUUGGUAGCAGGCUGGCUCCAGGCUCCAGCCUUUCUCUGACUGUGAGAGGGUUCUGCCCAUCACCAGCCACUGCUCCCAGUGCCUACUUUGCAGAGCCUACCAUCGCCUCCCUCUUACCCUAUAUGCCUCUUCUAUUCUCCAGGUGCCUCCUUCCAACUGUGGGGCAUUAAAGGGAGCCCCACUGCUGCUAGCUGGGGGAUGGAGGCACCUGGGCCAAGGCAGAGGGCAGGGGCUUCCCAAGGAGAAGCCCCAUCAGGGUUCCAGUGCCAGUUCUGGCUCUACCCUUGGUACCCCCAUGGCCCUUUCCCUUCAGGCUCUGCUCUUCCCUCCUCUGCAGCUGCAUGAAGGCGACAUCUAGUGUCUGGCAUGAGUAUAGGCAGCCUAGGAACCUUGCUCACCUUUCACCCUUCAAGAGGAAGUGGGAAGCAAGGAUCUGCUGCUUUGAGGGAGGGUCUCCAGGCUGCUCUACUCUCCCCUUCCACUGAGCUGUGCAGCUCCCCCUGGAACUUAGCCAAACUGUGUGACCUGCCUCUGAACCCUGAGCACCUGGGGCACUGGCCUUGCCUAGUCCAGCCUGUCCCCGCUUCUUUUCACAGCAUUACCUUUGCAGUCUGGGCCCCACUGAAUCUCAGGCUUGAGGGAGCCCCUGCAGGAGGUGGGUGGAAUUAGGUGGCUGCUUUCCCAGAGGCCUGAGCCAGACCGCCCCGUGUCAGUCAUGGUGCCUCCCCCCACCACAAACUGGGCUGGAUCCCAAGCCCCCUCCCUCUGCAGCUGCUUUCAGUGGGUGGGAAGGAGCCAGGGCCCAGCUUUAGCCUUAGUUAGACUGCGGGGCCCCUGCCAACAGGGAGGGUUUGGCCCCCACCCAGUUCCUCCCAGUGGUAGCUUUGGGCCAGGCUCUCCUCUUUCUGCAUGUGUCACCUUUAGUGGGAAACCAAGCCAAAGAGACCACUGGGCCAAGUCGAUUGUGCCUUUUAUACCCUCUCCUUCUGCCCCCGUGCCCCUGGCACAAGGCAGUGGAGAGCCCAAGUCCCAUGGCCUCAGAACUCCCCCCACUUUCCCAAGUGCCUCUGGGGGCUUAAAGCCCUGGGGAAUUCUUUCCUCUCUUGCCCAGGACAGGCCUGGUCUUGAAGGUGGGACAGAGGGAGUUUGGAGACCUGGGCCUUUGAUAGGCCCACCUGGGCUUUUAUGCCAUGGACAGGGGAUGGAGAAUGUGCAGUUAUUUAUUUUGUGUACUCAGUUGGUAAAUGUAUCCUCUGUACUCAAUAAACAGGCUGCCCUCCUCAGGGAAGGCUGCCCAUUACGACA